AAAAAAAUCCAUUCCGUUCCGUUCGGCUUCUUUCUUCCACUCUAGGGUUUUAGCAGGCCGCGAGCGUUGAGUUGAGUUCCCCUCUUCCUCCUCCAUUCGCGUGAGAUCAAGCAAGCUAGGACCUCCUCCUCUUCCUCCCCACGGACCCGAUUUCCUUCGGAUGAAUGGAUUCCAGUGAUCCCUGCUACUACAUCCACCACCGCCCCAGCCCCGCCGCCACCGCCCAACCGCCGCCAACCGCCGCCUUUGAUGACUUCCGGCACCAUGUCGCUGCCUCCCCCGCCUUCUCCUUCCAGAUGCCCCAGGACCAAGAACCCAUGCCGCAACACCACGCCGCCUCCGCCUCCGCCUCCGCCUCCGCAGGCGCCAGUGCCGAGGAUCCCAGUGAGCAGGUAAAGAAGAAGCGGGGAAGGCCCCGCAAGUAUAAGCCGCCGCCGGAUGGUCUUUCGCCGCCUUCCUCCACUUCUGCUUUGGUCACGGUGCCUGCCACGCCGGGAUCGGGGCCGGGGCCGGGGGGCUCUGGAGGCCCUUCCGAGAAGAGAAGAGGACGGCCGCCUGGGUCUGGGAAGAUGCAGCAGCUGGCUUCCCUCGGAAAAUGUUUUCUUGGCUCUGUCGGAACAGGAUUUACUCCUCAUGUUAUCAUUAUCCCCUCAGGAGAGGAUGUUGCUGCCAGGAUAAUGUCCUUCUCACAACAAGGCCCAAGGGCAGUCUGCAUCAUGUCAGCAACUGGAGCUGUCUCCACAGCAACACUUCAUCAGGAUGCAAGCUCUGGCAGUGUAAUUACAUAUGAGGGACGAUUCGAAAUCCUGUGCCUCUCUGGAUCAUAUCUGGUAAUAGAUGAUGGUGGUUCACGGACACGAAAUGGAGGGCUAUGCAUAGCAUUGUGUGGUGCUGAUCACAGGGUUAUUGGAGGGAGUGUUGGUGGAGUCCUUACUGCGGCUGGCACAGUUCAGGUGAUUGUAGGGAGCUUCAUGUAUUCUGGGUCAAAGAAGAACAAGAAAGGAAAAGCGGAACAAGAGGCUGAAACAGAGGAGGCCAAUGGUGGUGGCGAAGAAGAGGCCCCGUCGUUGAUGACGAUGCCCCACGAGGACCUAUCCUCUGAUGCAAUGAUGGGCGGAUGGCCUGACAUGAUGAGGCAGAUGGAUUCAAGGUCUUGCAGCAUUGAUAUGAACUCGGUCCGGGAGUAGCCUGUUUGGUAUAGAAGAGAAGCCUUAUGAGGAUGAAUGCAUGUAGGGGAUAGUUAAAUUGUAUUUCCUAAAUUAGAAGUCGAGUAAAUCAUGGUAUAAUUAAAAAGGAGUGUGUUGGGGAUAUGUUGGGGGUUUCAUUAACUGGUCAAGGUGAUUAGAUAUUGUUUACCCAGUGUGAAACGCACAAUGUAGAGCAGAGCGGGUUGAUCAUGCCCGUCCAUAGGGUUCAAUGCAACGUAUGUUAUAACAA